CUGUCACUCACAUGUUUGAUUUCAGCAGUAGAGAAUCAGACCUCAGCUCUGGACAUGUCUCAGGACAGUGGCAUCUGUGUGGACUUCAUUUCCCAGAGUACCACAGCAGCUGACGUCCAGCAGGGGACGUCCACAUCAGGGAUGGAGACCAUUACCUCCCCCUUCUGUCCUAUGACUCCUAUGACGCCCAUGACCCCAAUGACCCCUGUGACAGAGAGGUCAGGGAUCAUCCCCCAGUUACAGAACAUCGUGUCCACUGUGAACCUCGGUUGUCCUCUGGACCUGAAGUUCAUCGCUCUACAGGCCAGAAACGCUGAGUACAACCCAAAGCGUUUUGCAGCUGUCAUCAUGAGAAUCCGCGAGCCUCGAACAACGGCGCUGAUCUUCAGCUCAGGGAAGAUGGUUUGCACCGGAGCCAAGAGUGAGGAACAGUCUCGUCUCGCUGCCAGGAAAUACGCUCGUGUGGUACAGAAACUGGGUUUUCCCGCUCGAUUCCUGGACUUUAAAAUCCAGAACAUGGUGGCCAGCUGUGACGUGUUCUUCCCCAUCAGACUGGAGGGACUGGUUCUGACCCACCAACAGUUCAGCAGUUAUGAACCAGAGUUGUUUCCAGGUCUCAUUUAUCGGAUGGUGAAACCUCGUAUCGUUCUGCUCAUCUUCGUGUCGGGGAAAGUUGUUCUGACCGGAGCUAAAGAACGUGCUGAGAUCUACGAAGCCUUUGAGAACAUUUAUCCAAUCCUGAGAGGCUUCAGGAAGCAGUGAGGACAGCACUUCCUGUUUCCUGUUUGAGUGUACCAGUGUAAUAUAUAUACUGUUUAUAUGUAUGUAUGUAUGUAUUAUUUUAUGUUGUGUGAUACAGCAAAGUUAAGUUAGUUGAAUGUUUCUGAACAGAUGUAUAAACUAUGACCAGUUAGAAAAACACGGACUGGAUCUUUAACUGUGUGAACAUGGAUCCAUCACAUUGAUCAAUCUGAUCAAAUUAAUCAGAUUUUCAGUGAUCACUGAGCUUCAUUUCACUUAGUAAUUAAUCUGCUG